CCGUUACGCCGCUCAGCGCCCGCCCCGCCCGCCCCCCCGCACCAUCGAGCCGAGUCCUCCGAGCGCCCAGAGCAGCUCUCCGCGGGAGGCCCCGCAGACAUGCCCCUGGCCAGGGACCUGCUGCACCCCUCCCUGGAGGAGGAGAGGAGGAAGCACAAGAAGAAGCGUUUGGUGCAGAGCCCCAACUCCUACUUCAUGGACGUCAAGUGCCCAGGAUGCUACAAGAUCACCACUGUGUUCAGCCAUGCUCAGACAGUGGUUCUGUGUGUAGGCUGCUCAACUAUUCUGUGUCAGCCUACUGGGGGAAAAGCAAGGCUCACAGAAGGCUGUUCAUUUAGAAGAAAGCAACACUGAACAGUCUGUUCAGCAUACAGCAGUGGAUCUGUGUUCCUGAAAGCCUUACCUGGUAAAAAAAUGCCUGUUGAUGUAACAAUGUAAUUAUGACUGAUUUUGUGAAAAUGACACACUAUUGGUGACUGAUCAGCUGGAAUCUUUUUCAAUAAAUGGUCUGAAGUGCAUUUUUUUUUUCCUGUAA